AUGGGGAAGGAGAAGCCGGCCAAGGGCCCGAAAGGCAUUCCAAACAGGGCCCUUCAUGCAAGAAUCUCGUACCUUCACCAAGCUGUCAGUUACCUAUCGGCGAGCGUCCAGCCUUGGGCUGAUGGGAGGUCAGCGACCUCGGCUCCAGCUGAGCAACCGAGUACUGGGGCGAAGAGAAUUGAAGAGCGUCACGGAAAGAAUGCAGAAACCGCCGCUGGUUCGAAAGCAUUGACCGAUACGAAGGAGACUCCGAGUCUCGAGCCGCCUCUGUACCUUGCUUCUCAUAUCCGAAGCGUAUCUCGCAAGAGCCAAGUCCGGCUAUCGCAAGAUAUCAAACGUUCACUCUGUAAGCGUUGCGACACGCUGCUAAUCCCUGGGAAGACCUCAGACAGUAAGCUUGCGAACCUCAGCUACGAAGGACGGAAACCGUGGGCAGAUGUACUCGUGAUCCAGUGCAAGACCUGUGGUGCGGAGAAGCGCUUCCCGGUGGGCGCGAAGCGGCAGCAAAGGAAAGCUGCACGCCAGGCACAGAAGGCAGCUGCUUCGGACUGA